AAAUAGUAGUUACUUUUAUUGAAAAAUUAAAGUUGAUUGUUUGAUUGCAUUCAUACUCAAAUCACUGUUAAAUGUUAGGUAAAUUCUCGCGAGAUCGAUGGUUAGAUUCGCACUGAAAUAACGGGAGGAGCGGCACUGGGAUUCCAAUUGAGAUAAGUUAAUAUUUAGGGUUGUUGCUCCGAAUAAACCGACCAACGCACCAGGGUUCAAAGUCCUUCUUCUCGGCGUGUGACAGUUACUUAUGAAGUGGAGGCAGACAACUUGUUGCUCCGGCGCGUCAAAAACGGUUACUUGGAAGAAAGUUCGCACCCCUUCACUCGCAGAGCAAAUGGACGGGACGUCCCUUCCGUGUACAGCCUACGUAGCCGAGGGCUCAGAGUUUCCUCUCCGCUGAGACAUAUGUCUCGCAGGGUAGGCGUUCUCUUGCAUAGAAAGUGUUGUUUUCUUUUCUCUCGGCGCAUUCAGCGCGCUGCUUUUUACUGUGCCGACGCGAGUUGAGGCAUUUCCCUCGAGCUUGUCUGCGUUAGAAGAAACUAUUUAAAAAUGAAUGAGCGGGAUCUGUUUGGUAAUGCGGACCCUUGUGUGUGCCCGAGUAGUGCUGAGCUUUGUAAGGCUGUGUCGGUGUCCUUGGGUUUGGAUACGCUCUCUUCCCCGCUCAACAACAUGAACCAGUGCUCCAGCAGCGCCUUCGCAGACUUCGAGCCCGUUCUGGAGAAUAGUUCUCGAGGAGUGCCGGAGUUAGGAGCGGCUCGAAUCAUGAACCCCGAAGGCAGCAGGCUCUUGCUGGUUGACACAAACAUGAGAGAGGAAGGUGUUGGCAUACAGCAGGUGAGCUGCAUGGAGCUGCUAAGGUCGAGGGAAGUGGACAGCGCGCUGACAGUGACGCGUGGUCCGGUGAUAUCCCGAUAUCUCUGCAAUGAAUCAAACUUGUAUAUGAGCCCAGUGAAUGAGCUGCCCGCGCCCUCUCAGGUGGAGGCUCCCUCACAUUUGGAACCAUAUUCUGUUAAUCCAGACCACUACAGAGAGACCCCAGGUAUGUGGGGCGCAUACAACGGACAGUCGGAGCCAGAGAGAGGCGCACCCGACGGACACAAUUCGUUAUGUAAAUAUUGUAAUGGUGCAUCUCUCGGAUCCCGGCAUGAAUGCCACUGUGUUUGGUACAACAAGGGUGAACAGGCUGAUAAAGGUGGCACGCGAGCAGCAAUGGCACAGGGGUACGGUCAAGUGGAAAGUUACCAAAGUGCUAUCUCUCAAGGGCAUGCCAACUUUCCGGCUAUCAAGACAGAGCCUUCAGUCUGGGUGAAUUGCUCAGAUCGCAGUUUCAGGCAUGAGGAUUUGUUUCCAGGUGUGUACCUGUCGGACCGGAGAGUGUGUCAGGUAUGCGGGGAUGAUGCCUCGGGUUGUCACUAUGGAGCAGUCACAUGUGGCAGCUGCAAAGUGUUCUUCAAGAGGGCUGCUGCAGGUAAGCAGAACCACCUGUGUGCAAGCCGGAACGACUGCACCAUCGAUAAACUGCGUCGGAAAAACUGCGCUUCGUGCCGCUUGAAGAGAUGCUUCAUGUCAGGGAUGAGCCUCAAAGGUCGCAGGCUAAAGGGAGCUGGACAGAACAGGAAUGGAGAGGAGGAGCAAGCUCAAGCUUCAUGGGGGCCUGGAGGAGAACGGGCCGGAAGAAAAGAUGUCAUCUUGGAGUCUGGAAGUGCAGCUGCCAGGGCGCAGUCAUCUCAGGCUCUGGCUCUUAGCAUCCCUCCGCCUUUGCGUUCCUGCCUCUCCCUGCUCAGUGUCUUGCAGGCUAUUGAGCCGGCUGUGGUGAAUGCCGGACAUGACCAUGCCCUGCCAGACAGCGCCGCGUCCUUGCUCACCAGCCUCAAUGAACUGGGGGAGAGACAGCUGGUGUCCGUGGUGCGCUGGGCAAAAGCAAUACCAGGUUUCCGCGACCUGCAUGUGGAUGACCAGAUGUCUCUGAUUCAGUUGUCCUGGAUGGGGGUGAUGGUGUUUGCUUUAGGCUGGAGGUCCUACACACUUACCAACAGCUCCAUGCUCUUCUUUGCUCCAGACCUGGUCUUCAAUGACCAGCGGAUGCAAGUGUCCAGUAUGUAUGAACACUGUGUACGGAAUGAAGCUGCUCUCCCAGAGGUUCUGCAUGCUGGAAGGUCACCCAGGAGGAGUUCCUUUGCAUGAAGGCCCUGGUCCUCUUCAGCAUCAUGCCAGUGAGGGCCUGAAGAGCCAGCGUUGUUUUGAUGAACUGCGGACCUCCUACAUCAAGGAGCUGGACCGCUUGGCCAGCCACCGCGGAGAGACCACCCGUACACAGAGACUGUUUCAGCUCACACAGCUGCUGGAUUACCUCCAGUCGAUUGUGAGGAAGUUACACCAGUUCACCUAUGAUCUGUUCAUCCAAGCUCAGUCCCUGCAGACGCGUGUCAACUUUCCGGAGAUGAUCUCGGAGAUUGUGAGCGUGCACGUGCCCAAGAUCCUCUCGGGCAUGGUCAGGCCCAUCCUUUUUCACAACACAGCCUAGAGAGGGGAGUCUUGGUGAUUGUCCUUUGUGUCACUAGAGCUCUGGUGCACAAUCCUACGGCCAUUUCCUGCAAAGCUAAAAAGGCUGGUAAGGCUUUAUGCUCUGAUGAAGUUAAAGCCCUUUUUGUUUUUUCCACAGGGGCAAUGUGGGGUACUGUGAGUGGAAAUUAUAAGAAAGGCAUACAGCUCAUUCUUCCAGUCUCUUGUAAUCUAACGGCAUCUAAUAUGUUCUUCUUAAUACCUGUAAUCUGUAUCACAUACAACCAAUGCUUCUGGACUGAUUAAAACACUUUUGAGCAUGCAUUCCUCCUCAUGAGCCAUUAAAUGCAGACCACAUUUUCAUUUUGAUAACUGACAACAUGACAAGAAAAAACAGGAUGAGAAAAACAUGUUUGCAGACUUCUCUUCAUAGCUUGUCUGUGUUCAGUAGUAUGAUGUUUGCACUACUUCUAUCCACAAUGAAUGUAACUGUGUGCACCUGAGAUGAACAAAGUUGUGGAUUGACAGUUAAUAUGCAGUAAUGGCAUGCAUGCUAAGAAGCUGUCUUGCCAGAGGGUGACUCAACUGAUUUGUAAAAGCUGUUAUCGUGCAUUAGAAAAGAAUAGUUGGCUAAUGGUUUUAUGCGUCGAGGGAAAAAAAAAAAAAAAAACACUUUUAAACUGCAAAUGGCUUCAGAUGCAAAUUUAAAACUGUAUAUUUAUGAAUAUUGUGAUGUUUAAGAGGGCACAGAUAAUAACAGUGAAGAAAAUAUUUGGACUAAGCUAAAAAAAAAAAAAACACUGGGUGACCUCUUUUGUAAAGUUUGCUUGUUUUUGAGUGUCAAACUAUUCAAGAGUAAUUUUCCUGAGCUGACAUUUCAUACUGUGUGACUUUUCUACUGUUUCUUAAAGUGUUCUUUGCAAGUGCCUCUGAUGUGUAUCACCAUGUGUUUCAUUGUGGCUCUCUGACAUUUUGGCUAAACGCUAAAAGUCCAGCCAAGUUCUGUUCAUUUGUGGCAACGUUGUCGGCUUAACAUGUAAUUAAACUGAAGCAUGAGUGUGUA